GGUCCUGAGGAGUCUGCAGAAGAAGCGCCUCUGCUGUUGCGUUGGCAGUCUGAGUCAGGAUACAAAGAUGCUUCUCGGAGCGCUCGCCGUGUUUCUGACUUUCUUCAGCGUCUCUGAGAGCAAACAAAAAGACUUUUAUACUUUUAAAGUGGUAAACAGCAGAGGGAAGCUGGUGUCCCUGGAGAAAUACCGAGGAUCGGUGUCCCUGGUGGUGAAUGUAGCCAGUGAAUGUGGUUUCACUGAGGAACACUACAAAGACCUCCAGCAGCUCCAGCGGGACUUCGGGCCGUAUCACUUCAACGUGCUGGCCUUCCCCUGCAACCAGUUCGGUCAGCAGGAGCCGGGCAGCGACAAGGAGAUCGACAGCUUUGUGCGCAGAGUCUACGACGUCUCCUUCCCCCUGUUCAGCAAAAUCGCUGUUGUCGGACCUGGAGCCAACAAUGUGUACAAGUAUCUUGCAGAGUCUUCUGAAAAGGAGCCGAACUGGAACUUCUGGAAGUAUCUCAUUGACGUAAAGGGCAAUGUGGUGGACGCAUGGGGGCCCAAAGUUUCUGUCAAAGAACUCCGACCUAAAAUAUCUGACCUGGUGCGUCAGAUCAUCUUAAAGAAGAAAGAAGAGCUUUAACCUCCCGUGAAAAGGCCCUUCACUAUUCAGCCUCCUGUAGUGCGAACAGUCAAUUCAUUUGUCGUUGAAAUGUUGUUAGCCAAAGAGCUCCUGUUUCCCUAUUGUUAGUGACAAUCAUGUUUUUGUGUUUUUAUUCAUCAUGAUUUUUGGAAUAAACGAUGACUUUGAUGAGA